CUGAGCCAAACCGGUCAGGGCCCAUCUUUUCUUUUGCCGAUUCCUUCCUUGACAUGCUCCCAGGAGUUGGUGGCACAUUGUCUUUAGCAGGGGGCCUGAAUUUUUGCUAGGAGAAAUCUGAAGGGUGGGCAGUGCUCCCAGCAUUGGUAGAUUCUGGAGGCACGCGUCCUCUAGGGGACGGGGCAAGGCGCCUUCCGAAGGCCCCGCUUCCAGCCCCAGGGCAUCGCCCUGUGAACUGCGUUUCCCAGAAGCCUCUGCGACAACGCUCCUUGGACCUUGGAGAGUGGCACGCCGGCGAGGUGAGCCGCUUCCAUCUUCGCGGAUUCCCGGGUUCUGGACUACAUUUCCCAGAGGCCCCCGAGGCGCGGCUCCAUUAGGAGCGCUCCGCGUUGCAUUCUGGGAGACGCGUCCCCAGCGCACAGGGUUUUUUUUAGGCUCCGGCUUCCCUGGAUGCCAUCCAGCGUUCACCUCAGCCCUUGCGCCCCCUCCCGACGCCCUGUGGGCCGUUGGGUCCCACGCGGCCAGCCAUCCCGCAUCGACACACGUCUUAAAAUCAAGGUUCUGCUCCGCCUUCUCCAGAGUUGGUCUGCGGUGAAGGAAGCCCUUAGACAACUCAUCGGGUCCUGAUUCUGAAACUAUGGCCCACGGUCCCGUGACGUUCUCAGACGUGGCCAUCGACUUCUCCCAGGAGGAGUGGGCCUGCCUGGACUCCACGCAGAGGGACCUGUACUGGGACGUGAUGUUGGAGAACUACAGCAACUUGGUCUCACUGGGUAAGUUGCCUGAGUCAUCUAACUCACACUCUGCUCCCUGGAAUGUCAGCCCCUUCCCUUGUGAAUUUUGGUCCCAGUGUAAAGACUGUGGGAAGGCCUUCAUCUGUGGCUCGAGCCUGGCUCAGCACAAAAGGAUUCACACGGGCGAGAAGCCCUACGAGUGUAAAGACUGUGGGAAGGCCUUCAUCUGUGGCUCGAGCCUGGCUCAGCACAAAAGGAUUCACACGGGCGAGAAGCCCUACGAGUGUAAAGACUGUGGGAAGGCCUUCAUCUGUGGCUCGAGCCUGGCUCAGCACAAAAGGAUUCACACGGGCGAGAAGCCCUACGAGUGUAAAGACUGUGGGAAGGCCUUCAUCUGUGGCUCGAGCCUGGCUCAGCACAAAAGGAUUCACACGGGCGAGAAGCCCUACGAGUGUAAAGACUGUGGGAAGGCCUUCAUCUGUGGCUCGAGCCUGGCUCAGCACAAAAGGAUUCACACGGGCGAGAAGCCCUACGAGUGUAAAGACUGUGGGAAGGCCUUCAUCUGUGGCUCGAGCCUGGCUCAGCACAAAAGGAUUCACACGGGCGAGAAGCCCUACGAAUGUCAAGAAUGCGGGAAGGCCUUUACCCGUGUCAAUUACCUUACUCAGCAUCAGAAAAUUCACACUGGUGAGAAGCCUCAUGAAUGCAAGGAGUGUGGGAAGGCCUUCCGCUGGGGUUCCAGCCUCGUGAAACACCAGAGAAUCCAUACGGGGGAGAAGCCAUACAAGUGCACGGAAUGUGGGAAGGCCUUCAACUGUGGCUAUCACCUGACCCAGCACGAGAGAAUCCACACUGGCGAGACGCCUUACAAAUGUAAGGAGUGUGGGAAGGCCUUUAUUUAUGGGUCCAGCCUGGUGAAACACGAGCGGAUUCAUACCGGAGAGAAGCCCUACGAGUGCAAAGAGUGUGGGAAAGCCUUUAGCCACGGCCACCAACUCACACAGCAUCAGAGAGUGCACAGCAGUGCGAAGCCCCACGAGUGUCAGGACUGUGGAAAGGCGUGUGGCCACGCACACCAUUACAGAGGACACCAGGGGCUCCACGCCGCGGGCAAACCUUUCGAAGACAAAGAAUGUUCAGAGGCCUCUAGACAGCACUUGUUUCUUCCACAACACGAGGCAAAUUCGUGAUACGAUUUAACAUAAGGAAGUCGUCACCGGCCACUCUUCUUCCAGAAUCUCAGGAUAGUCCUGUGAGAGGCAGGUUUGGAGACGAGAAGUCACUUUUCCUCCCUGAUUACAACAUACUCAGUGUAGACAGUUUGUUUACUGGAUGGGUUAAUGGACGCAUAGAAGGUUCCCAGGACCUUUUGAUUUCAUUUCAGAUUCAUUCUGGGGAAUAACUGCUGAUGUAACAUACGUGCAAUAGCCUUUCCUCGCCACGGCUGUCAUCCUCAGCCCCCCCUCACUCACUGUGCCUCGGGGGAAAUGACCUUUAACCCCUGUGCAGAUCUGUGAAAUCAGGACAGCCACGUGAUACUGCCCGUGGGCCAUUAGACAAGUCUGGUAUGUGGAACUCCCUGCAAGUGUAUCUGGAAUAUUGUGCAAACUCAAUAAACAUUAGCUGCGUUUCUGUCGUCAUUACCCUC